AUGGCGGCCGUCUUAAUGGAGCGGGCCAUCAGCCUGAAGCUAACAAAUAAAGAAAAUGCUACAGAAAUUCUGUCUACCAUUGUGAAACAGGAUGUUCAGCAGGCUGAUGAUGAAGCAAUCAAAGUCAAAGAACAAGCAAUUCUUGAAGUGGGCAAGCUGUUUGCAGACAUGAAGAAAGCAAAUGAAUUAGCAAGCCUAAUCAAAUUUGUUCGCCCAUUUCUGAACAUGGUGAGUAAAGCCAAGGCAGCCAAACUGGUCCGUGCUCUUGUGGAUCUGUUUCUUGACAUGGAGGCAGGAACUGGCACUGAGGUGGAGCUGUGUAAAGAAUGUAUACAGUGGGCAAAGGAUGAGCGGAGAACUUUUUUACGACAGGCUUUGGAAGCACGGUUGAUAUCGUUAUACUUUGACACCAAACGAUAUCAGGAAGCACUGCAGUUAGGGUCAUCAUUAUUAAAGGAGCUGAAGAAGCUUGAUGACAAAGCUUUACUAGUUGAGGUACAGCUUCUAGAGAGCAAGGUGUAUCACGCAUUAAGUAAUUUACCCAAAGCCAGAGCAGCCCUGACCUCAGGAAGAACCACAGCAAAUGGCAUAUAUUGUCCUCCAAAACUGCAGGCGGCAUUGGAUCAGCAGUCAGGUAUUCUUCAUGCUGCAGACGAGAGAGACUUUAAAACAGCCUUCUCAUAUUUUUAUGAGGCAUUUGAAGGAUAUGAUUCCAUAGACAGUCCAAAGGCUGUUAUUUCACUCAAGUACAUGUUGUUGUGUAAAAUCAUGCUCAACCUUUCUGAUGAUGUGCAGGCGAUUGUUAGUGGCAAGCUAGCCCUCAAAUACAGCGGGCCUGAAGUAGAAGCCAUGAAAAGCAUUGCCCAGGCCAGUCACAAACGAUCUCUUGCAGAUUUCCAAAAGACUUUGGUUGCGUACAAACCUCAGUUGGAAGAUGAUCCCGUCGUGGAGGCUCAUCUCAAGACAUUGUAUGACAACCUGUUGGAGCAGAACCUGUGUCGUAUCAUUGAACCAUAUUCUAAAGUUCAAGUUCAGCAUGUGGCAAGUCUCAUCAAACAGCCAGUUACGACUGUAGAGAAGAAACUUUCACAGAUGAUACUAGACAAAAAGUUCCAUGGUAUCCUCGACCAAGGAGCCGGUGUUCUCAUUGUGUUUGAAGAGACAGAGUCGGAUAAGACAUUCGUCAUUGCUCUAGAGACAGUUCAACACAUGGGCAAGGUGGUGGACGCUCUCUACCAGAAGGCCAAGAAGUUGACAUAG